AUGGCGCGAGUACCCGCUAAGGAGGUUGGCACGGUGGCCACGGGCGGGUCGCGGCCUGAGCUGCCCAAGAACUUUGAAGCCAGUACGGCAGAGGAGCGCAUUUACCACUGGUGGGAGUCAAGAGGCUACUUCAAGCCCGACAUGUCGGCACCGGGGGAGCCCUUCACCAUCUCCAUGCCACCGCCCAACGUAACCGGCAAGCUGCACAUGGGGCACGCGAUGUUUGCAACCCUGCAGAGUGUUGUUGAGAAGAUGUUGUCCAGGGAGGGUACCACCCGGCUGCAGCUUGGGCGGGAGGAGUUCACGCGGCGGGUGUGGCAAUGGAAGGAGGAGUACGGCGGUUUCAUCACCAACCAGCUUCGUCGUCUGGGGGCCAGCUGUGACUGGAGCCGGGAGAGGUUCACGCUGGACGAAGGGCUGUCAGCCCCACCCCGCCCUGAUACCAAACACCUGACGAUCAUAUGUCCUCCUGUCUGUUUGUCCGUCCGUGCCGUGCCGUACGGUCCCCAGGUACCCGGUCGCCGACAGCCCCAGCGGCGAGUACCUGCCGGUCACGACGUUAACGACUACGAGAUCGGCAAGCGGCGCGGUCUGCCCCUCAUCAACAUCAUGAACAAGGACGCCACACUCAACGCCGCCGCGGGCAAGUACGCGGGGCUGGAGCGGUUCGCGGCUCGUAAGGCGCUGUGGGGGGACAUGGAGGCGGCGGGGCUGGCCAUUCGCAAGGAGCCACACACGUCGCGUGUGCCCCGCAGUCAGCGGAGCGGUGAGGUGAUUGAGCCGCUGCUGAGCGAGCAGUGGUUCGUGCGCAUGGGCCCCCUGGCCGCACCCGCGCUGGAGGCGGUGGCGGACGGGCGGAUCACCGUCAUGCCGGAGAGGUUCGCGCGCACGUACAACAACUGGCUGGAGAACAUAAAGGCAAGCAAGGCUCCCUUUCUCGCUCACCCCGCCCUCUUUGCUCGUCGGUAUAACGUAGUUACCCCCCUUAGGGACUGGUGUAUCAGUCGGCAGCUUUGGUGGGGUCACCGCAUCCCCGUGUGGUACGUGUUUUCCUCGGAGGAUGAGGCGGCGGCGGCACCGGAGGGGCGGGGGGAGGUGUAUGUGGUGGCGAGGAGCGAGGCGGAGGCCAGGAGGCUGGCGGAGGCGCAACACGGACCAGGGGUGGUGCUGAAACAGGAGGAGGACGUGUUGGACACGUGGUUCAGCAGCGGUCUGUGGCCCUUCAGCACCCUGGGCUGGCCCAACACCAACUCCCAGGAGUUCAAGACGUUUUACCCCACGCAGGCGAGACGGGGGGGAGAUGAGGGGGGGGGGAAAUGGGGGGGCAUGGGGGGGGAGCGAUGUCAAGGUGGGAUGAUGGAGACGGGUCACGACAUUUUGUUCUUCUGGGUGGCGCGUAUGAUAAUGCUGGGGCUGGAGUUCACGGGGCAACCUCCCUUCUCCACCAUAUACCUUCAUGGGCUGGUCCGCGACGAGAAGGGUCGCAAGAUGUCUAAGUCACUUGGGAACGUGGUGGAUCCGCUGGAUACGAUUGCGCAGUACGGCACUGAUGCAUUGAGGUUCACCCUGGCGACCGGUACGACUGUGGGUCAGGACCUGAACCUUUCCCUGGAGCGUGUGACCGCCUCCCGUAACUUCACCAACAAGCUCUGGAAUGCGGGCAAGUUUGUGUUGUUUAACCUGGACAAGGUGGGUGCGUCCGAGUGGGAGUCCCUGCGGGGGGUGUCCCUGUCGCGGGCCGAGGACCUGCAGCGGCUGCCCCUGGUAGAGAGGUGGAUUGUUAGCCUACUGCACCAGACGGUGAACGAGGUCAGCGAUCGGUACGACAAGUACGACUACAACGCGGCGGGAAUUACGGCUUACAACUUUCUAUGGGACGAGUUUGCUGACUGGUUCAUUGAAGCUUCCAAAACCCGCACGUACGGUGGCGAUGCGGCCGCUCAGUCCGCCAGCCGUGCCGCCCUGGUGUACGUGUUUGAGAGCGUCCUGCGGCUGCUGCACCCCUUCAUGCCCUUCGUGACGGAGGAGCUCUGGCAGGCCCUGCCGCACCAGGGUGAGGCCCUCAUCAUGGCUCCCUGGCCCUCCAGAGGCUGCCCGGUGGACCGGUCCGCGCUCACCCACUUCGAGGCGCUCAAGGGCUGUGUUCGUGCGCUCAGGAACGCCCGGGCCGAGUACAACGUUGAGCCGGGUCGUAAGAUCGGGGCCACUCUGCUGGUGGAGGAGCCGGAGACACGGAGGGUUCUUCUCCCCCUCGUGGGUUUGUUCGACGUGGCCAAGGAGCUGACUCGGCUGGGCAAGCAGAAGGCCAAGUUGGACAAGGAGCUGGGGGGCGUCCUGAGCCGCCUGAACAACCCGGCGUUCAUGGCCAGGGCGUCACCGGAGUACGUGGAGGAGGCUCGUGCUCAGGAGCGGGAGGCCCGGGAGAAGUUGGCGCUGGUUGAGCUCAAGAUCGCCCAAGUGGCGGCUCUGCAGGCGGCAUCGGCGGCGGGGGGAGCAGCCAAGUGACGUGAUCUGUACAUACAUACAUACAUUUUCACACACAUACAUACAUAUUCCCCCAGCAUGUCUGCCUACAUCUCCGAACCAAAGGGGGACACCACCCCCACCCACCCAACCUCCCCCUACCCACCUCACUCACAUGUGGUGGUGUUGGUGCUGGUGCUGACGGUGUGUGGUUGCAACUCAAUCCGUUGUGACCCUCUCGCCCCCAAACCUUCAACCCCCCACGCCCGUCCGGGAGACUGGCGGGGUGUAACGAAGGACGUAACGGGGUGUAACGAAGGACGACAGGUAGAUGGAGGGGGGAUGGUCGGGGUGUAGGCAGGUGGGCAGCAGCGGGACCUCGAGCGAGAUAAAGGAGUGGCAGUUGUUGUUAAAAAGGGUGGUGCCUGGCGGUGGUGCUUCUUUGCGAACUCCGUGAAUCAAGUGACGAGGGAGGGAAUAUAAUAUAUUCAUUACGCGGUCAGUGGUGCGGUGUGGAGAGUUUGUAGGGUUUUCACCACCACCAUCACCAGCUGGUGGCAGUGGUGGGGGGAAAUCUUGCACCAGGGCAUUAUUGUACGGCAGCAGGAUAGCGUAUAAUGGUAUGUAGUGAAAAGAGCGGAAGGGUG